AUGGGUCAAUCUCAAUCGACUGGCUCAAAGGGCCCUAGUGCCCAAGAGCAACGUUCCGAGCGAAAGACGGACUACUACGAGUUGCUCGGUGUUACGCCGGCUGCUACCGAUGAUGAGAUCAAAAAGUCAUAUCGAAAGAGGGCCCUCGAACUGCACCCUGAUCGCAACUACGGAAAUGUCGAGGAGGCUACAAGACUUUUUGCUGAAAUUCAGUCGGCCUACGAGGUGCUCGCGGACCCUCAGGAGCGUGCCUGGUACGAUUCGCAUAGUGACGCAUUUUUGGGCAAUAACGGAAGCUCCGAGGGGGAUCAACAUUCGUAUAACAUUCGAGUCACAACCGCGGAAGAUGUCCUUAAGGUCUUUGCGAAAUUUAGCCCUCGCAUGGAGUUCUCGGACUCGCCGAGUGGGUUUUUCGGCGGACUUAAUGACCAAUUUUCUCAGCUGGCGCUGGAGGAGCGACUGGCAUGCCAAUGGGAAGAUCAAGACAUGGUGGACUAUCCGCCAUUUGGGACCCAUGAUGAUGAUUUUGAAACAGUCGUACGCCAAUUCUAUGCCGCGUGGAGCGGGUUCUCUACGAGGAAGUCGUUCUCCUGGAAGGAUGCUUAUCGUCUCUCCGAUGCUCCGGAUCGCCGGGUCCGCAGGCUAAUGGAAAAAGAGAACCGGCGCCUUCGAGAUGAGGCUAUUCGCGAAUUCAACGACGCUGUUCGGUCCCUGGUGGCAUUCAUCAAGAAACGGGACCCGCGAUACAAAGCUAAUGCACUGAAUGAGGCUCAAAGGCAGGAGACUCUUCGUCAGUCCGUGGCAGCCCAGGCGGCAAGAUCACGCGCGAUCAAUCAAGCCAAAAUGCGCGAGCAUGUCGUUCCCGAGUGGGCCCAGUCCGAAGAACCUGUGGCCAACGAUAGUCAAGAGAGCUCGGAGAACGAGGUGGAAAGCUUCGAAUGCGUGGCGUGCCACAAGCAUUUCAAGAGCCAGAAGCAAUUCGAAGCUCACGAACGUAGCAAAAAGCAUUUGAAGGCUGUUAAGCAGUUGCGCCGGGAGAUGCUAUUGCAGAACGAAGAGUUGGAUUUAGAGCCGGCGGUCCAAGUUGAUGCAUCCAGCCAAACAGAGGCCGUCGAUGAUGAGGGAUAUGAUGAUCUUCAUGAAUCAACCCCGCUGAGCAAUCAACCAGAUAGUUAUGUGGGCCGAGAAGCUGACGAUUCAGAAGACAUUGAAUCAUCAAACAAGGGCCAGGGCCAUCUUUCGAGCUCCGGAUCCGAGGACGAGAAGUCUAUUGGAGAUGAGGACUACGCACCUAGGGAAACGAUCGAAACAAGGCUUGCCUCAAACUUCGAUCCUUUGCAAAGCGAUGACUCGAUGACUCCAAUGACUGAGCAACUGUCCUCUUCUGGUCUUGACGACCGACCAGCCACGCCGCAGGUUGGAAAAGCUAAGCAAAAGCGGGCUAAAAAGGCUGCUCGGGAUACCGAAAACUCCGCCGGGUUGAUUUGUUCGAACUGCAAUGUCACUUUUGCCUCGAGGAAUCAACUGUUCGCUCAUAUCAAAAAAAACCCUUCCCACGCUCAACCACUUGCGGCGAAGGGGAAAAGAGGAUGA